AUCACAGAUUUUGGAAUAUGCCUAUACCUAAAUGCAAGAACAUAUAGUUUAACAGCUUGCAUUGCUACCGAAAAUACUCAUUAUCAUUGACGUUUCAGGGAAAUUAAGUUCCCUUUCAGAUGCUGUUAAAUAUUGAAAGGCAACCAUCAAGACUAAUACUCUUGCUAAAACUAACUGCAACUGAGGAAGUUGAUUAAUACAGCAGUACUAACAUAAAUAACACAAGUAGCGCUAACAACAGAAUGGUAAUAAUAACAAUAGUAAUAAAACACACUGUUUAUUCUAUGCUACAAAACACAUUUGGCUUGUCAUAAAAUGAUCAAAUCAACUUACGCCUAAUUGUAAAAUGUGUGAAAACACUAAUCACCCACCAUGAAAAAUAAAAAGACAACACAUAGCCUAGCUAAUAGUCUGUUAAACGGUAGUUAAGUCUGUUAAUCGUUUUUCGAAUUGUUCGCUUAGCUGUAAAAAAAAAAAAGGCAGUAAAAAAAGCACACUCCCACCACACUCCAAAUAUGAAAGAGCACAUUCCCCCCAAAAUAAAUAUAUAAAUAAACAAAUAACGUUGCAAGUCCAUGUUCUGGCAAGCGUAAAGAUUUUUGUGGCACAAACAAACCACAUUCAAAAGUAUAAACAAAUAGUCAUAAAAAAUGGAAAUGAAAUUCCUGAUGAUGAGAAAUACUCCUAAAUUGUCCCAGUUUUUGCACAGUCAGCUCCAAUAUAAGCAAAGAGAGCCCGUGCUUCUGACCUCCUUUCCAUAUUCUACAUCGUGCAUAUAUGGGAGAAACGCGGCCUACUCGCUGCUUUGCAUUUAGCUUUAAAUGGGCCAAACACCCACGCACAUUUCUCCCGUCUUUGUUUUUAAAACCUAGAGUCAAGUCAAAUGGAGUCGAAUAGUGCCCGGCAAUCUUGGUCCUUUUCUUCUAUUUUGAGAUAAUGCUGAUGCCUAUUUCAGCACCAGGGUUUAAUGCGCAAUGGAAAACAAUUCUAAGGCCUGCGUUUGGGUUGUUAGACUACUGGCUUUUUCGUAAAAAUCAGUAGGUCUAGAUUCUGGGGAUAGAGAGAGCGUUUCUUUGUUGCGAUCUUGAAGGAAAGAGAAUAAUUCUUGAGGCUGGUUGCUGUCAAGCGCUUUGCCUGGGAAAAGAUUGAUCACCGCAGUUCUUUUUUUUUCCACAAAUUCAACUUUUCCAAAAAUAUCCUAGCAGCUAAGCUACUUACUAUCCGCUUUAAACUUCUACAACAUCCUUCAAUAUCAAUACAUGUGACCUAGACGCAAUAUACUAUGGCAUUGUUUAUCAACAAACACAAAUUCGUAUAGGGCAUUAGUGUUAACACGGCCUAAAUUUUUAGUUUUUCAGAAGCUAGGAUUCGCAGUUGUACACGCGACCUCGCUGUGAACUUUAGUCAGUCGGCUCAGUAAACAAGCCGUCCAUUUUUUACACCGUGAGAGAAAACUCCUAGCUAGCAGUCAGUGGAAGGCCUUGCUGGGCUGCAUAUUUUUAGGACCAUUUCACACACACAGACACAGACACACGCACAAUAUAUAAUUUAGUAGCAUAUCUCUCCGCAAGGUGAUAAAGAGGUAGGCUAGCAGUUAUAGAGAGAUAACAUAAUAUAAUUUAUACACUUACACACACAGACCUUUCUCUUCACUCUGCAUCUUCCAUUUAUGAAAACAAAAAUAUAGCAGUCUACCAUUACACCAUGCAGGCUGCUAACCUGCACCAUGCUAGGCUCUAGGAAACCGUUCUUCAGUAUUUUACCAAGCGAAUCUCAGCCUCCUGUUGAGACAUCUCCCAUCUAGGUUGGGUGGAGUUAUUUUUUACCUUAAGUCUGCUACUCCUGUCAAACUUUUAAGAUUAAUGGGCCUCUUUUGUAUAAACACCCCGUUUGCCAUAUUGUAAAUGUGCUCUUAACAAUAACCACGUUUUACUGGAUUACAUCACCAGGGUCCAGGCAGAAUAUCUGCAUGCAGAUCUCCAUUGUUUGACAUGAAGGGCCUCACAUAACCUCCCACUCGAAACAGCGAGGUGAGACAGUUGGCAACCGAACACUUUUUUUCUCUCGAAUAUAAUACCCCCUGCUAACACAAACCAAAAUCUUAUGGUAUUUUUGAGCAUUUGCUGAAAAUAAUGCUUUCUUUAGCCACCAGGCCCCGGCUUUCCAUUGGUUGAAUCUGGUCAUGUGACCAGGAAUUGGCUGCAAUUUCGCCCAUAGUCUUCAGUUUAGUAGACCAAGGUCCCCAUACGCUAGUAAUAUCACCAAUAUACACAAUUAUUAAAGCCCGCAAAUACGGGACAGCGGGGAGCUAAUAAUCACGCGUUUUUGUUUUUAUUUUGCUCGUUUUGAUCUCGCCGUCCGCCUGUGGACAAGGAUAAACUAUGAAUUUUGAAUUUGAGAGGGAGAUUGGGUUCAUAAACAGCCAGCCUUCCCUUGCAGAGUGCCUGACGUCUUUUCCCGCUGUCCUGGAGUCAUUUCAAACUUCAUCAAUCAAGGACUCGACAGUAAUUCCUCCUCCUUUCGAGCACACCAUCCCCAGCCUGAGUCCCUGCACAAGCAGCCAGGCGCGACCGAGGAGCCAAAAGCGAACCUCCAAUGGCCUCCAGCUUCGGACGCCACAGCCGCAACAGGGCCCAGCCCCGCCGGCAAGUACGGCUGGCCCGCUGGCACACGAGUUCCCCUGGAUGAAAGAGAAGAAAUCCUCGAAAAAGGGACCCAAAUCUGGGAAUGCCACGGUAGCCUCCUCUUCUCCCUCUCCUGCAUCCUCCGGGUACGCCACUGCAGGACUUGAAUCACCGACAGAGGCGCAGGGUGGACUGGACAACGGCAGCGGAUCCCGGAGGCUGAGGACUGCCUACACCAACACGCAGCUACUGGAGCUGGAGAAGGAGUUCCACUUCAACAAAUAUCUCUGUCGGCCCCGGCGGGUGGAAAUAGCUGCCCUUCUGGAUCUAACCGAGAGACAGGUCAAAGUGUGGUUCCAGAACCGGAGGAUGAAGCACAAGCGGCAAACGACACACCACAGGGAAGGCCAAGAGGGCGACCCCGGCGGGUUCGAGCCCCUGGAAGGUGCCGAUGCUUCCUCGCCUUACUCGAGCCAGCCACUGGAAGCCUCGGGCUCGGCUGCGUCUGAGGGGGAGACGUGUAACUCGGCAGCCUCCUACACGAACAGCAGUGACAAUAACCAGCCCACGCCUGAGGAGGGCCAGCUGAGCUGCCAGGAGCCCACAUCAGUCUCUGACACAACUGUGCGGUCGACCCGGUUCCCAACGCCCACUGCAGAUAACCCCGCAACAAUGGGCGACGGUGGCGCAUCUGGCCCGGAUCAUUCUUUUUCAGAGCAGCAGGACGCCUCCUCCCUGCCCGAUUUGAAUUUCUUUUCUGCUGAUUCCUGCCUCCAGAUUUCUGACGCUUUAUCGCCCAGCUUGCAGAGCUCGCUCGACAGCCCGGUAGAUUUCUCCGAGGCGGACUUUGACUUAUUUACAAGCACACUUUGUACAAUAGAUUUACAACAUUUACAGUUCUAACGACAACAACAACAACAACAAUACAGAACAAUCGAAUUAAGGAGAAUGUCCCACCGUAUUACAAUGGUAUGAAUGCUUCUCGGCAACAUUCCUGAAACACAUUUAUGAAAAAGAUUCCUGGGUUUAAUUUGAAGAUAACAUAGAACCUGAGAUAGCAAAGGAGCGAUUAUGUCCUUUCCUGGCAUUAUAAUUUUGGUUUACUCCAUCGAAAUCACAUACGGAUUUCCCCUUGUUCAAAUUUCAGGUAUUUAUUGCCUUCUUGUUUUCUGACAGUAUUAAUUGGCAGUUACAGUAAUAGACUAUACUGUCUCCUUAAUGUUUCAAAACUGUUCAGUGCAGCUCAAUCGCUUAAUUCUCAGGAAAUGAAGGCCUAUCAGAUAUAUAGGCCUAAAGGAUAGUUGAACUGCUUUUAGAAAUUCUCUCGAGACGGGCGGUGAUCCCGUUGAUGAGUUUUAGAACUAGUUUAUUUAUUGAGAUUCUUUAAUAGUAAAUUUCAAAUUAUUUAUUGUACAUUAUUUUCAUAGUUGAAAUAAAAACAAACUUUUAUAAUGUGGCCUAAGUGUUUUUGAU